UGUUAAUUAGAGAAACGGGUUUUAGGUUGGAGGGGUGGUGACAGCGACCCUCACAUGGACAAAAGAUUGUGGGACAGGAAUAUUAUUCCAUACCAUGUCACGGGUUCCUCUGCAGUCAUCAGUUACGGCAAGUUAAAGCAUUUUUUAUUGUUAAUUUAGGGACAACAGGCCAAAAAAACUAAUUUCGACCAUGGUGAAUGCUAAAACAUUCGGAUUGGCAGCCUUACCCAAGAAUAAUUUUGAGUAUAUGGUACUUUCCCUGAGAUAUUAUUGUCACUGAGAAGAAUAAUUUAGCAUAUUAUAUCACAAUUAUAUCAUUUAAUGAGAUUUUAAUCUAAAAUUAUUAUGCUAAUGAUAUUUGAUAUUUCAAAUAUUUUUUGGUACAAACAUUUCAAAUAUUUAUGCACAUGUUAUAUCAUUUGGGAAAAUAAAAGAAUCUUUGCCAGGCUGGGCCAGGUCCACCCGUUGUCACCUGGAGACCCAAUCUCUCACACUUCCUUAGGGACGUAAAAGCCCCUGUACUUUUGUUUGCGGACCACCAUUGCUGGAGGGUGUUUCCGUCAUUUCAAAUCCAAUGCAACUGCGGGGAGAGAGAAUUCGACCGUUGCGGCUCCAACGUUCCAAUUUUCCAAAUCCAAACUUCAUAGGCUCCUUUCUUGCGCUCCUCUCAUGCCCUUACGGUGAGAUAGGCAGCCUCAGUUUUGUUGCUCUCUUUCUCUCUCUCUCUCGGACCAGUUCCUUUCUCCUCUCUUCCAGCGAUCUUUAGCGAUGCAGGAAUUCUAAGUCGAAGGCUCCUUUAUUUCCUGUUUCUCGAUCAAGGUCUCAUGGCUUUUAUGGCGGAUAUUUGAGUUGGUUUUUGAUCGCUGGAUCAAGAAUCAAAGAGAUAGACUAGUUUUGAGGUCCGUGGAUCAAGAACAGUGGAAAUCGACUUGCAUUCAGGGCUUCCAUGGCGACACUGGCGCCGGGAGUUCUAUUGAAGCUCCUUGAUGGCAUGAACACUGGAACCCCAAAACCAAUCGGAGAGCACCGGAAUGCUCUCUUGCAGGUCACUGACAUUGUCCCAGCAGACCUCGAUGAGAAGGAUCUCUGGCCGAAGCAUGGAUUCUACAUCAAAGUAUCCGAUUCCUCCCACUCGAUCUAUGUCAGCCUACCAUUCGAUCAAGAUGAACUUGUCCUCAGCAACAAGAUGCAGCUCGGCCAGUUCAUCUAUGUUGAUAGAUUAGAGCCAAGUUCACCAGUUCCAGUCAUCAUGGGGGCGAAGCCACUCCCUGGAAGACACCCUUUGUUGGGCACCCCUGAACCCAUCGUCCGAGUCAAAGGGAAUGGAGAGAAAUCAGCAAACCACCACCGAAGAGGCUCAUGGGGCCCGGAGCAGAACCCAGCCGGCAGUGUUUCCUCACCCAAAGUUGUUAAGCCGACCACACUGGAUUUCGAAGAGAAAACACCUGUUAAGGACCGAGCAUGGAGUACUCAAAUUUCGCCGUUAGUAAGCAGGAGAACUGGGAAGGAAGGGAGUUCUGGGGUGACCCCAAGAUCAUCAGUAAUUGGAACUCCUUUAUCCAAGAUGGCAGACUUAAAGGAAGCAGGCUCUUUGGUAAGGAAAAGCUGUGCAAUUUCCAAGUUCUCUAGGAGCAAGAACCUGUGCGAACGAGACCCUAAAAUCCCAAAGAGUCCCUUCCCCAGUGAGAAGAAUGCAACAACUUAUACUACUAGAUUGAGAAGUGCUGCUAAAGUUGAAGACUCUUCAUCAACAUCUGAUGAGCAAGAAGACACUUCAGUGAUAUCGAACCAGUUAUACUCGCACUCUGGAAGCAGUGCCACUUCCAAGCAAACCUCAGGAAAUUGCAUGUCAUUACCUGGAAAACUCAGCAUGCUAGGAAAGGAAGCUGUACAGCAUAGAGAAGCAGCUCAGAAGGUAGCUCUUCAAGCACUGCGAGAAGCUUCUGCUACCGAAACUAUAGUUCGGAUCCUCAAGAUGUUCUCAGACUUGAGCAGUGCUGCAAGGCAAGAAGCUCCAGCAGCUUGCUUCAAUGAGUUCCUAAGCUUUCAUCAAGAGAUUGUGCAGGCAGUUACUGACUUGGAGACAAUUCAAGCAGCUACUUCAAUGACCACAACAAGUGAGAAGGAGUCAACAAUAGAAAAAGCAAGUGAGAAGGAUGAUCAAGGCAUCCUGCAAGAGAUAGUACUGAACUCAGUUGACCAACAUAGGCAGACAAAUAUGAAUCCAUCCAAGAGAAGAGCUGCAGUAGUAUCUAAAUCAGUUUCGUUCGCCCCUGAAACGAAUGAGGUAAAAAAUGUAAGCCUUGGUAAGCACCCGAGAUCCAGCGUCUACCAAAAGGCUUCUUCAGAUAGGAAAGGAGUGGAUACUGUGGCUAAUAAUGAGAAAGAAGCACCGACUUCUAGCUUGGGUAGCUCGAUAAAAUUGGCAAAGAAGAUACAAAAUGAAGCUGCGCUUUGGUUUAUGGAAUUCCUUGAAGCUGCAUUGGAAUCGGGUCUGAAGAAAGCAAAAGGUUCCAUGGGUGGUGAUGCACGGAAAUCAGGUUGCUGCCCACAGUCAUUGAUACUGAGGGUAAUCAACUGGGUAGAGGUGGAGCAGAGUGAUAGCAGAAAGAGGCCUGUUCAUCCUAGAGUAGCUCAGAUAGCAAGAAAACUAAGGAUAAAAGCAAAGAAUCCUUAAUUUGAACUUGAUUGUUCUAGAGUAGCAAAGAAUAGGUUUCCUUGAUUUGGACUUCCACUGUUUGUGUAAUGAUGUGAGCCCAUGUAUGCACUACGUUUACAUUUAGAAGGAAUAUGUAUGAUUCUUUGACGUCCAAUGUUGUGAAAACUGAGCUGAUAACAGUUUAAAAUUUGGUUUGCAGUAAGAAAAUGGACAAAGUAGUGCAUAAAGAUUUCACUGGAGGAGAAAUGGGUAGAGAAAGGGGGAUAGAACCAGUGCAAAAAGGAUAAUUUUGGGUUCAGGAUGGAUUUGCUUUUUAAAAUUAAUAUAACUUGAGUUAGUAAA